AUGGUCCAGACAAGAAGUUCAGCGAAACGGCCCCAAGUUCCCGGCGGGUCUAGCAGCAGCACUGGCACUGACGGAAGCCAGCCUGCAGCUCGGCCCAGGGGUGCGAAGAAUCCCCGGGAGGCGAUCUCUACCCGUCAAACGACUAUGGCAACGAAUAUGGAACCCGAAAUGCAAAGUGAUUCGGAUAGAAAUUUAUUAACACCCUCACCAUUUAGUUUAUUUGAGUCCCCUAGCUCAUCACCAUUAUUUAAUCAGGCUUCAUCUCGAUCGAGUACCGUAUCACCUUUACCUGAGGAUGUUGUGCAGGUGGCUAAUGCCACUGUAUCUGCACCCGCCUCAGGUACAAACCGUGCGCGCAAAAGAUGGACAGUAGAUAUGAACAAGUUUAUCUGGCGUACGUACCUCAUAGCCACAAAAUUAAACACUAGCAAAUUGUACCUAGAUCAUCUGCAUCACGAGUUUACAGUUAAAUACCCACAGAUGGAAGCGUCAAGGCAGAGGCUAGGGGAUCAGUGUAGAGCAAUAAUCAGGAAUAAACUACUGCCACAGAAUAUUUUAGACGACAUCAAAAAUGAUGUAACAUUACUUUUACGACAAGCACAAUCCGAGCCUGCUGCUCAAUCACUUGUGUCUUUCCCUAUCCCCAAUACACAAGGACAGAGACGAAAGUGGACCACUGAAUAUAACGAAUCUAUUAUUAGAAAUUAUUAUAAAAUAACAGAAUUAGGAGAAAACCGAUCCGCGUAUAGACGGCCCUUUUAUCAAGCAGUAGUAGGAGAAUAUCCUGAGCUAUCUGAAGUAAGCGAGCAACGGAUAUCAGACCAAUUGCGUGUAAUUUUGAAUAAUAGAAUGAUCAGCGAACAUAGGCUUGCCGAAAUACGCGAUGAAGUCGCAAAUGGUCUUAGCUCGUGUCGUAGUAAUGCAGAAAGUUCCUUAACAGCUGAAGAGGCACAACCCUCACGUAACUCGCUAGAGCCUACACCACAGGUAUUAGAAUCCCAACUGCAUACAUCGAUGGAAUUACAGGAUAUUAGAUUAAUAUCAGAUAAUUUCGAAGAUGACCAAAUUAAAGACCAGUUUAAAACAUCCUUCGAGAAGUUCCGAGACUCGGACCCCACCACGCGACCAUAUAUUCCGAAACAAAAGACCUCUAGGAAGCAAGCUCAAAUUCUUCAAUACAUUAAUACCCACAUACUACCUCAUUACAUAAAAGCGGAUCAAAAUUUUGAAACCACUCACACUAUUAUUUAUUGUGCAGCGUACACUGCAGCUAUAUGUAAUGGUACAAAAAUCCGGGAAGGGGAUUACCCUCCUACCCAAAAUAAAAGGAGAGUGCCUGCCUGGCAGAGACGAUUGCAGAAGAAGAUAUUAGAUAUUAGAAAAGACAUUGCAAGAAUGACAGAAUAUAUUAAGGGUAAUAGAAGUAAUAGAUUAAUAAAAUUAGUAGAAGUAAUAAAGAAUAAAAACCAAAUACACUCACAACAUGAAGUACCCAACACUAGCAAUGAGCACUUUCUUGAUACGCUGAAACAAAAACUUAAUGCGGCAGCGAGCAGAUUACAAAGGUACGUCAAUUGCACACUUCGGAAGACACAAAACUCACAAUUCUCUAAAAACCAGAAGCAGUUCUAUAGAAAUUUAUCGAUGAAUACGCAACACUUUAGAACUCCUGAAAAUAUCGUACCAGCUGCCCCUAGUGAUUUAUUGCAUGAUUUCUGGUCCAGCGUAUGGUCUGACCCUGUGCAACAUAAUUCAGAUGCUGAAUGGCUGCGGGCGAGCUGUAACUCCACAGACAAAAUUACGCCUAUGGAAUACGAUCACAUACCACUUGAUGUUUUUAUGUAUGUAUUAAAGAAAGCGCAUAAUUGGAAAGCGCCCGGUAGUGAUCGUAUCCAUAACUACUGGUAUAAAAAGCUAACAUCCAUCCAUCCCGUAUUGUACAACCAUAUUAACAGCUUUAUACAAACACCGGAAUUAGUCCCUAGAUUUGUUACGCAGGGCCUUACAUUUAUGAUACCGAAAGACGCAGAUUACCGGGAUCCAUCUAAAUACCGUCCCAUCACAUGCUUGCAAACAGUAUAUAAAAUUCUUACUGCCUGUAUUGCCGAGUUGAUAUACAAGCACUCUACUAACAAUAAAAUCUUGGCAGAAGAGCAAAAAGGAUGUCGUAAAGGCAGCCAAGGGUGCAAAGAACAACUGAUUAUCGACUCGGUUGCCAUGAAGCAUGCAAUCGGUAGAAAAAAAGACAUCAACACCAUGUAUGUAGAUUACUGUAAAGCUUUUGACUCCGUACCCCAUAGCUGGCUUCUGCAUGUUCUUCGACAUUACAAAGUAAACCACGUACUCAUUCAAUUCCUUUUAAACUCUAUGCAACAUUGGACUACAAAACUGAAGAUUUUAGGUUGCCAGCAGAUAGAAACCUCAGAAAUCCCAAUAAGACGUGGGAUCUUCCAAGGUGACGCACUUAGCCCUCUGUGGUUUUGUUUAGCGUUAAACCCUUUGUCCCACAUGUUAAAUAGUUAUGCGACUGGAUUCGAUAUCAUCACACCAUCUAAAAAAGUAAACCUCACACAUCUUAUGUACAUGGACGACAUUAAGCUAUACAGCAGCACUCCGCAGUCUCUACAUCGUCUUGCUGAUAUUACACAAGCGUUCUCGAAUGAUAUUCACAUGAAAUUUGGUAUUGAUAAAUGUAAAACACUAUCUGUAAAGGCAGGCCAAAUAAUUCCAAGUAGUUAUAUUUUAGAUUCAGGCGAAACCGUUGAGCCUCUAGAACCCCAUACAAGCUACAAAUACCUAGGAUUCCAGCAAGCCAGACAAAUAAAUCAAAAGGAAACAAAACAGGAACUUAGGCAGAUAUUUAAACAUCGGCUCAACGCGUUGUUCCGAUCGCAACUUAAUUCGCGUAAUGUAUCUCAAGCGAUAAACAGUUAUGCAGUUCCUGUUCUGACAUAUUCUUUCGGCUUAAUAAACUGGUCACAGAGUGAUUUACUUAACCUGCAACGUAUGAUUAAUACCUCGCUUACAACCCAUCGAAAGCACCACCCUAGAUCCUGUGUGCAAAGAAUGACUCUCUCAAGGGAUGAAGGCGGACGAGGUAUUAUAGACAUAAGAAACUUGCACAACAAGCAGAUUACUACACUUAGGAAUUACUUUUAUACGUACUCUGAACACUCCGCAUUACAUGAAACAGUUAUUUUGGCAGACAAACACUAUACCCCACUUAAUCUCGUAGACAGAAACCCACAACGUAGCGAACGGAUCACUGACGUAAGGGAAAAGAUCGCCGCAUGGCAGCAAAAGUCUCUACACGGGAGACAUCGUCACGACCUGCAGCAACCAUAUGUCGAUAAAGAAAUGUCGAAUGCAUGGUUGCGGCGCGGCGUGGCGAACUCUUCCCAGAGACGGAAGCUUUCAUGA